AUGUCUCACUUUUUUCCUGGGUUAAAUUCAGAGCCUUGCGUGCAGUCGGGAGCGAACCUCAUGGGCUCUCUGAGGUGUCUGUUUGAUCGUCAUAGCCGCACCCGAUUGUCUGGUUAUAAAAAAAGGUUUUGGGUUGUCAAUACUGCGUAUAAUCGACUUGAGGUGUACAAAAAUGAUCAGGCGCACACAUGGCAACAUGUGGUGUGGGCUCGAGACAUUCGAAAUGUUGUAUAUGCUCGUGAUAAGCAAAAUCGUUUUUACAUGAUGAUUUUACAAACCCGCAACAAUCAUAACAUUCGGUUUCGUAUGGACUCCUCUGAGGAGCGUGAGGAGUGGUACAAUGCGAUUACAAAGUUGAUGGAUGCGUACUCGACCACAAAUAGACUUGUGAAUAUCCUUCAUAUGGCCGACCGACAGUGCCGUCUGAUGAGUUAUAAGUUGAAGGUUCGGAUUAACGUCGAGGCCACAUUGCUUAUCUCAAAGAUGCUACAAAACGUUUUUCAGUACGUUCUUGAAGCCGUGGAUGCGGCGAUCGCGAACAUAGCCGUUGUGGUGCGGACUUAUGGGGCAGAUAUGGAGGCCCCUCUCAGCUACACCCUUUUCGUUGACGUCUGCACAUCGGAUAGAGACCGAGUUUCCAAGGGCCCUUGCUACGACCCCAUCAAGCGCCGCAUGGUGAUGAACGUCGCGCUUUAUCAUCACGCUCCUGGGAGCGUGAACUUCAGCGUAACCAGCGCCGAGGAGGUGCUGCAGCUUUUACAAUCCGACGUCUUUCGCAACCCGUUGGUGGAGGGAUGGAUUACGAACCUGCCUGGGUGCGCUGCUAUCUGCCAGUCCAUCCGGGAUACUCUGAAGACGAAGAGCUUGGGCUUUACCUUGAAUUGGGGCUUGAAUUUUAAGAAUAAUGCGAAUACUGAGGCGUAUUUGCAGAGUUUUGUAAACUUAGACUUUUUCAAGGCUAUUUAUUAUGAUGUUAAGGAGGCCCUCAAUGAUGUUAUGCAGUUGCUUAUGGAGGAUGGGUUCUCGGCUGAAUCAGCGGGGAUGUUUUCCGAUUUGCUCAACCCGGUCCACUCAUCCUUCAUGAUAAAGCAGAGACAACGCAACAUGGAAAGCAAGCUCCACUCAGAUGGAAAAUCUACGAGUAACUCUAAGCAAAUUGCCAGUCCUAUUCUGAACUCAGGACUUACUGGUGGUCCCCUAGUCUGUGAUGAUGAAUUGUUCAAGUUAGCUAUCUCCAAUUGUGCGGCCGGACUCAUUUCAAAAAACAUUACCGGCGUGGCGAUUGUGCUAGAAGAGAAAAUGGUACACGAGUGCAAGUGCCCACCACAGUUGUGUGUGGAGCACACGCUGGAGUAUGGGCAACGAUUGCGCUCGGUGUUCGUUCUGCUGAGCGAAUACCGAAGGGUUUUUUCGAAGUCUUUGUCAGACUUUUCUUACGGUGUUCCACUCAAAAGUCAGCUUUUCCAAGUCGCACUCCAUGAUUUGCUUUACAGGAAGGUGAUGACGUUACGUUCCAAAAUGAGCCAAAUGUUCAACAAACGCAUCAGUGUAGUUAUUGAGUGGGAUCAGUUUCUAAAUGCCCUAAAGGCAAUCGGCAUCGAUUUAGCCCUCAAGGAUUUCCUGUCGCUCCUGAACGGGAUAUCCACAUUCUACCUUCCACGUCUCCAGAAAGUGGUAGGGGUGCUUAAGCGCACACCCGACGUCAUCUUGAGCGGUAUCUCCAACGACGUAUCAACCUCUACCGCUCACCCAAGGAGUAGCCUGUUCGAAGUCUUCUGCCAGUGUGUGUCGUCAAUUCACGUCAACUUUCUCAGCUUUAAAGAACUCAAGGCAGGACAGACAAUACCAGAACCCAGGGUCGUGGACGGCUUGCUCGUCGACACGUUAGUGUGCGUGAAGUCAGACGCGUUGUUGAGCCUUUCGGAGACCAUAAAGAAAAGCCAGCUCCAAUUGCAAGGGCAGUCGCUUACUUGCGUUUCGGUUGCCGAACUGGAUGCAUUGAAUUUACUAAAUGAUGUGCAGGUGUGCGCGCUCACGGCGAAUCUCGGGGCGUGGUGCGCGAGCUACUUCUCUGUCGAGGAGCAUUAUGUUCCUCUUCGCAGGGAUGCUUUUACAUUGCGAGAGGAUGAGUUCGAAGGCUGCAGCGAUACGUGCGUAGCGCACGAACCGAUCCCGGAGCUAAACUACGGCGAGAUGGUGGCGAACGAGCGAAGCUCCGAGAUACAACUGUUCAACCUGAGGCGUGUCGUUAACACUGUGUACGAUUCACAGGGUGAUCAUGUGAAUCUCAAAAUUGGUACGAGUAACAUUAUCCAAGCGAUUCGCUCGCUUUCCGCGGCGUUCAGGGGGAAGCGUAUUAUGAAACACGACCUCUUACGCGUGCUUGUGGUGAAUCUGCAUCGUUUGCGGGAACUCUAUUCUAACGCGGUUGACAGGAAAACGGAUAUGCUUCUAAGUGAAGACAAAUCAGAGCUGGUGUUAAAAAAUUUUUGCGAGUAUGAGGAGAGUGAAGAAGACAUUUUGUUCUUCCUGCGUGAUGGCACAGAGCCUCAUCCAGGGCCCCAGUCCAUUCCCUCGUCUAUAUAUUAUAAGUACAUGUCCAUCUCACUCGGUAAAGUUCCAUUCGGCGAUAGGGACCUCGAGUACAGGUGCCCUGACUCCUACAAUCGAAAUAUCGUGAACUCUCCUUACUCUACAACGCGGCCGGCAGAUGUAUUCUCCGCGUCUGCCAUCUCCUCGCCUGUAAAAUACCAUGAUGACAACAUCAACCGAGGUGGUAAGCCUGUUCCCAACGAUGAUAGGAAUCGUGGUCAGGGGUCACGCAACGCCCAAUCACAACUCUACACGGAGAACAAGUACAACUUUCCCACGAUUUGCCACGUUGCGCUGAACUAUCUUCUGCCGCGCGAGGCUCUUUUAGCGAGCAAAGCCUGGCGGACAGGGUUCGUUUUUGGCUUGGAGAAUGUAGGGAAGUCUUUGAUCAUCAAUAGCCUUAGCGGAUUAGUGCUGCCAACCGUCGCGACGAUAGGUCUUUCGCAGCACGUCGUAUCAUUCAAGGAGUGGGUCUUCUCGCUACAUGAGCUCGGUGGCCGCGAGAGCUUCCGAGAAAACUGGAUGUACUACCGCAAGAAUAUGAAGGAGGUGAACUUCUUGUUUUUCGUGAUGGAUUGCAUGAAUUCACACACCUUCGGUGACGCCUACCGGUACCUGAAAAGCGUGACGGAUUACUACAACAAGAUACCUCUGGUGAUUAUUUUCAACAACUUUCAAGACCUCCCGCGCCGGUUAACCAACUCGGAGCUGAAUAUGCGCAUCAACCUUAAUGAAAUAUCUAUGGCCAAUCCGAAUCGCACGAUUAUCACGGCAAACUGUAACAUUACGGUGGUUCAUUCGUCCUUUCGUACGAUACCGAUGUCGCUUCAGACUGCGUUGAAGGAGUUAUCGGAUGUGCUUUUGGCAUCCUGCCCCGAGCACCUUAAGCCCUCCAUCCCAAAGGUUCCUCCGGAAGGGCAAGCCUCCUUUUCCAGCCCUGAUUACCUUGUGGAUGGCUACGGUAUGGUUCUCGACUUUGCCGGGAACGUCCUGCGGACAAGAUAG